GUACCAUAAAAUUAUCAUACUCUGUUUUCACAGCGUCAACUUGGAAGUUUACAGUAAAGACAGGCCGCUAUCGGUAAUCUAUAGAGGGUGGCAAGAUCAAAUAUAUUUUAAGAACUACAACAUAAAACAUACCAUAAGUACUUCAGUGCCUAAAAUCGAGAAAAUGUUAGUCUUGCUCUACUUUAUCAGAUAAGUAAAAGCCAGCCCCACCGUGACUCCAGAAUUCGAACCCACCAGGGACAACGCGGAUAUACGAUGACAAGCCGGUCAAACUCCUGUCAGUGGACUACACAUGUUACGCUUAUGCCAGUAGCCUCCCCAGCCUUUCUCGUAUUUCCCACCAGUUUCGUUUGCUCAAAGACACUUGCACCACAUGUCUUCUGACCCUCUAGCCUUUUUCCGCGCUCUGCCAGACUUGGAAGUGGACCAUGUCAAAGGCAAUAUCUCUUUGGAAGACAAGAAACUCAAUUGCAAAGUCAUGAAGUAUUUCGUGGGCACUGGAAAUCAUUUCGGUGUGGCAAUUGGCAACAGACUAAGGGCGACAGAUAUCAAUGUGUACAAAGGUGCUGGAGGCGCGCUUGAGGCACAGAUGGUCCUGGAGAUAGACGUAACCGAGGAUAUGUGCAACGUCUAUGGAACUAUGCAUGGAGCCUGCGCUGCACUCCUCAUUGAUUUGGGCGCAUCAGGGCCACUUGUUGCGGUAGGAAUUGCGACAGGAACCAAUACUACUGGCAUGUCACAAACGAUGGAUCUGAUAUUCCACAACGCCCCACGACUAGGGUCAAAACUGAGGAUUGUGAACACAUCAGUCACGGUGGGAGGGAGGUUAAAGACCGGGCGGUCGGAGAUUUGGGAUAAGUCUGGUGAAAGACUAUACGUCUCUGGGACUCACAGCAAGGUCAAUAUUCCACCUCAAGGGAAGUCAAAGAAACCUAGCAAAUUAUAACAUGCACACACUAUACUCUGUGUUAUAGUUAUGUUUCUCACGUUUGUCGCAUUGCAAUUGUAUUUGGUGUAUUUGAUAUUUGAUAUUUAUCGUCUUUUUGCGAAGAAAUUUAGAUAUACCUGGAGCUUGCGCAGACAUUGGCACGAAUUCCACCUCUGUCAUUGAUCUCGAUGUCGCUACAGUAUAGGCCUCAGGCUGUAUCAGUGGUCGAAAGACGGAAGUAAAUAUUG